AUGUCGUACCACUCCACAGGACUAUCUGAUCGUCCCGACUACGCAGAAUCUCGUUGGCACCACCAGCUCAGCCGGCGUUUCACGGACGCCUUUCUCCGCUCACCUGAUGAAUCCAAACACACGCCUUACCAACCGGAUCGCAAAGGGUUGACUUCGUCGCGCAGGAGGUCUAGCGGCAACUACGAACGGCAGCCAGUCUGCCGGGAACCCUCAAGUCGUCGAUGCCCACCCACCUCUAAUAACAAAAUCUUUGACAGGGAGUAUGCUGAACGCUCCAACAAACCCCCUCCCCCUCGCCCGCGCAGCUCAUCGCAAAGUCAAUCAACGUACACAACUGACUUCUCCCAGCCUCUGCAGCGCUCAUCCAGCACCACAACCCGGCGAGGCUCGUACUCGCCAUCCCAGAGGCCCGCCUGGGAGCGGUCGCGGCAGCCGUCUGGUGUUUCGUCCGAGAGCCGGAACGACAUGUUUGGCGUGCACAAAGCCGUCCAAGACCAAUACCGGCAUGUCACCGUGGUAGUUGAUGACGAGGAUGCUUCCGAAGGACGACAUCGCAGGUCUCAAGCCCACAAGAGCGGGGCUCCUUGCGACGACGGACAACGACACCGUACAUCGUCCAGGAAAAGCUCGCGCACCGGUGAUUCCAGGCCAGAGGGGCCGUCCCCGUACGAAAUGCUCCGGGUCGAGUUCGACAGCCUCUUGGCUGCCAAUAUCAAAACGCAACGCAUGGCCGAGGCGGCUUGGAACCGGAAGGCAUGGCACGAAGCCACUGCGCUCUACGAGCGGCUCGAGUCCGACCUGAUGCGCCUAUCGGAGCUCGAUCGGCAUCUGGGCGGGCUGAUCUACUUGGACUAUCAGAAACAGGCCGAGAACGCGGCCGGGUGGCAAAACAUGGCGUGGGAGAAAUCGAUAUCGUCGCACAAGAGACGGUACGAUCGUCACGUUGCCGAGGCCGAAGCCUUUGAGCAUGGCCCCGAUAAGAACCUGGCCAAGGCCAACCAGUCGUACGUCAGCGCCAUUAUGAUUCUGCUGGAGCUCGGACGUACAUCUCCAACGAGACUGGAGGCCAAUUUUCCCGGCCAUGUCAAGGAGCUGCAGUGCAGGCUGCAAGAAGUGCAGGCAAAAAUCGACAAGCAGACGAGUGAAGAGGACAUCAAAGCGGCCAAUGCGGUCAAGAAGUUUAUUGGCAAUUUUUACCUUGUCGAGAAGCUCUUGGAACAGGGCCAAGGGCCCAAGGCACGCUAUCAGUUUGACCGGGCCAAGGAGACGCUGGUCAAGACGCUUGUGACUCUGCCCCCGAGGUUUGUGCCUUCCAAGGAGUGGGUAGACAAGAUGGCUGGGGCAAUCAAGGACCAGGAGAAGCGAGCAAAGGAGAGGUUUGGCGAGGACUGGUGA